AUGGUUUACCAACUUUUGAAGAGACAUGAAAUAAUUAAAUUACUUCACAUUCUAAAUGAUUUCGAUGCGAAAGCAAAAGCACUGGAAGUUAAAUUGAACUUGAAAGCUUCUCGAAAAUUUAUAUUGAAGACUGUUAUGUUCAUUUUGUGUGGAGUACUUGUAGUCAGCAUUGGAACAGCGUUUAUUUUCGAAAUGAAAAUUCAUUACGGUGCAGGCUGCUUGAUGCCUUUAAGCUAUGGAUAUCUAUUAUUGUAUUUGAGUAUGCUUAUUUUGCAAUUUUCGUUUUCAACAUUGGCUAUUAAGAAUCGUUUUUGUUUACUGAAUGACAAUCUAAGAUUUACAUUUCAAAAUUCACUGGCAAAAGGCAAUUCGACGCUGGCUAAUGGCAAUGCCAAUCGUCUCCAUGAGCAGUUGUCGAAUACCAUAAGGGAUCUCUACAGCAAUUUAUGCGACGGAAUCGAUUUGGUGAAUGAAUCGCUUACAUUUCAACUCAUACCGUUCUUGGUUUAUUACUUGACAGCAAAUCUCUUCGCUAUCUAUAGCACGAUACGUGAAGUCUUCUAUCAAACGCCACUGAUGUAUAUUGCAAUCGGAACAAACAUAUGUUGGAUGAUAUUGCAUUCUGUAAUCGCUUCAAUUGCAUUGUACUCGGGACACAUUACUACAAAAUGUGCUCUGAGGACGCCCAUAAUUGUUAGCAGCAUUUUAAGAAAUUGCAAAGACAAAGAAUCCCCAUUCACCAAGGAUGCUUUCAAAACAUUUCUACUAGAAGUUCAACAUCGAAAUAUGUUCAUAGAAAAUGAGUUCUUUCGUAUCGAUUGGAAACUUUUAUUUUCUAUGAUCUCAACGAUCACAACUUUUCUUGUUAUAACUUGCCAAUUUGAUGCAAGCCUCAGUAACGAUUCUGUUAUUAAAAACUCAACACUUGGUUAA